AUAUAAUUAAUAAGCCUUCUUAAAUGUACCAUAAAAUGUUUGAUUGUUCAGUACUUUAAAUUAAUUUCGUAAUAUUGUAUUUCAUCAUAGUGCGCGGCAGUGUGUACCGACUUUAACUUUCACUUCCUCCUUUCUUCUCAGUAAUUUUUUAGCAAAGUAAGAAGCUGAUCUAUUAACAAACUUGUUUACCACAAAAUUAAAAAAGCAACGAAAAUUAGACGUACUAAAUUAAGCUCAAGUAGAAAAUUGUGCUAAGUGCUGUAGAAUCUACUGGAAAAACGAGUAAACUGUCAGGUGUCAGGCGCUGCACCUUGGAUGCCUUCUGCUGCUGCGUAAAAUGUACUUGGAGCAGUAACUCGGUGCCGCAAAUCUGGUUCUGGUGUUCCUGCUGGCAGUGACGUUGGAUAAUACUCUAGUUUACUAUAUUUGAUGGAACGACGAUGCCAGUGAAGGUUGACAUUACUCCACCGCCGCCAGCAAACUCCAAACAGCCAGGCGUGACAAAGUCCCUGCUGUAUAAUGGGUCUAAAUUUCAAGGGCAUCAGAAAUCUAAGGGCAAUUCAUACGAAGUCGAAGUGGUUUUGCAGCAUGUGGAUGAGGAGAAUUCAUACCUUUGUGGUUACUUAAAAAUAAAAGGUCUGACAGAAGAAUUUCCAACACUUACCACUUUUUUUGAUGGUGAAAUAAUAUCAGCUAAAUAUCCUUUCCUGACUCGAAAAUGGGAUGCUGACGAGGAUGUUGAUAGGAAACAUUGGAGUAAAUUUGACUUAUUUGUUCCAUACCUGAAGACAUUCAACUCCGAUUCAUUUGACUAUGACUCACUCGCAAAGGCUGAUUACGUAUUUAUGAGGUGGAAAGAACACUUCCUAGUGCCGGACCAUACUAUUAAGGAUAUAAAUGGUGCUUCGUUCGCUGGCUUUUAUUACAUAUGCUUCCAUAAGUCGGCAGCAACAAUAGAAGGUUACUACUACCAUCGAAGUUCUGAGUGGUUUCAAUCUUUGACUCUAAGUCAUGUUCCGGAACACAGCAUCCAAAUUUAUGAGUUCAGAUGAGAUGUGUCAGACUUUCAAGUUUGGAUGGUUAUUUGUGUCCGCUAGUACUUACAUGUUCCUUAAGUCUAUCUCCAUUUGAUAUCUUUGGGAAAGAUAAAUAUACCAGUUUUUAAGUUUCUUCAGUAAUAAAUGUAAGUGAAAGAUGCAGGGCCAAUGACAAAAAAUUCAUCAGAACAAAAUAUUCAAUAAACUGUAAUGUUGUA